CUUUAUGCUGGUGGCACGCUCGCGAGUAAUAGGUCCCUGAUAUCAACACUGAUAACGACUAUCAUCCGUCACACAGGGUGGUAAGGGCUAACGCUCAUGUCAUUGCGCAUUAUCAACCGGAAAGAACGGUACAUCAUUAGCAACAGUUCCGAAUGACCGUGACCUAUUUGUGAAGCAGCGAGAGAUUUCGAGUGAUCGCUGCAACAAUGACUUCAGAUAAUGACGCAUCGACUUUGUGCCUGCAAAAGAAGAAAACACCGACACUCACGGCGUCCGAGGGUUUACAAGACAAGAAGGAUGAGGAUGAGAAGCAUGAGGAGAUUGACGACGAGCAUUCGAAUGUCAGUGGCUGGACUCCUCUCGUCGUUCUCGGAGGAGUCACUUGUUGUUUCGGCUCAGCACUGCCAGCGGGCUUCAACAUCGGUGUUAUGAACAAUCCAGCAGAGAUCAUGCAAGCAUUCUGCAACGCAAGCUUCCAACAGCGAUACGACGUACAUUUAGACGAAACUGAAUUGAACAUAAUCUGGGGAGCAGUGGUGUCGAUAUUUCUGAUCGGCGGGGUAACGGGCUCCCUCCUAGCGAGUUGGAUUGCCGAUAAAUAUGGGAGACGAGGAGCUCUUGCAAUCGGAAAUUUAUGUGGAAUUGUCGGUGCUAUAUUAUUCCUCUUGGUUCCUACACUGAACUCAGUUGAGGUUUUAAUGCUUGGACGGCUGAUGGUCGGACUCUCUGGGGGUAUUGCAACGAGUGUUUUACCUACGUACGUCACGGAGAUAGCACCGUUGAAGCAAAGAGGGGCAGUGGGUGUUCUUUGUCAACUGGGGAUUACCGUUGGUGUAUUCUUCGGCCAAGUAGCUGGUCUCCAAACUGUCCUGGGUACAGUAGACCACUGGCAUCUCAUGCUGGCUUCCUUCGCCCCUCUCUGCGUCAUAUCGUUGAUAAUACUAAGGAUUCUACCCGAGAGCCCCAAGUAUUUGUACAUUACCAGACGAAAAGAGGACACAGCAAUUCAAGAGCUCCGUCGGUUACGAAAUGUCAAUGUUACUCUCCUUCAGAAGGAAAUACGUGAUCUUAGAGAAGAAGCUACUGCACGCACAACAAUGGAUACGUGGACAAUGCGCCGUGUACUCAGUGAUCCGUCCGUUAGACUGCCAUUACUUCUAGUAUCGUCUUUACAGUUGGGCCAGCAAUUGAGUGGAAUCAAUGCUGUUUUUUACUACUCGAAUAUUAUAUUUAAGAAGUCGAAUUUGGAUGCCACUGGGGCGCAAUAUGCGACACUUGGGACUGGACUUAUUAAUAUUGGCAUGGCUGUCAUAUCCGUGUGGAUGAUGUCGAGGUUUGGGAGGAGACUGCUCUUUUUGAGUAGUUCCAUUGCCAGUGUGGUCUGUCUUGUGGUACUUUGUGGCUCCUUAAAAGCUAUCGAUUCUGCAACAUUCAUGCCAUGGCUCUGUACAAUCGCAGUUCUCGCCUACGUUUUAUUCUAUGGAAUUGGUCUAGGGCCCAUUCCCUACUUCAUUGGAUCUGAAUUAUUUGAAGUGGGACCGAGACCUGCUGCCAUGUCUCUAGGUAGUGUUUGCAAUUGGGGCGGUAAUUUUAUUGUGGGAAUGCUCUUUCCACCAUUGGAGACUAUUAUGGGGCCUUUGGUCUUCUUGUUGUUUGCGAUAUCCACUACAUUAGUGGGACUAUUUGCCAGACACUAUCUGCCAGAAACUCGAGGUGUCGACACAUCACUGACAGCUUUCCGAUUAUCAAGGGGACUCAAUUCUCGAAGGCAGGAUAUCGAGAGCUCGUAGAAUCAAUGGAAAUACCGAUGCUUCCACUCACUGUCAUCGCACAAAUACCAACGUGCCUAUUAUAAUUUUUUUUAUUCAUCUAUUCAACAAAUACGCGAUUAUACAGAAUGUCUAAUUGUUCAUAAAAGCAUAAACAUAAUACGGUGUGCGGUGCUAUUCGCAUCCAGGUGGGGAAAGUUCCUUUGUACAAACCGAGUAAACCCUCUGUUUUACUUAUUUUUAUCAAUGCGUCGAGAAAGCCACGAUACAGCAGGGGUUUGCCACUUGAAUCCGUGCCUAGAAUCAAUGAAUUCUAGUGUGAAAACGUUUCUGGAGGUAUUUUUAUGAAUUCUUAAUAAAGUGGUCUAUGAAAAUCAA